AUGCUUGCAGAAGCAGCUAAAAUACUAGCAGCGCUGUCCCUUUUACUAUCAGAAGCUAAAGCCAAUACAGCAGCGAACACACUUGCAAAUUCGGCAAGCAACUGGUGUCAAGAGCGGCAUUACCUAACAGCAGUGGUUCAAGCGAUGCUAAGCGAACAGAAUGACCGCCGAGGCAGGCUGGCAGCAAACGCAGCAAGGAUUCAGGCAUGGAGCCUCCAAGCGGCGGCGGCAAACACCAAGCAACAGACGGCGCGAUUCAUUCUGCUUAGAGAGUACGGUAAAUACGUUCAAACAACAGGCGAACAAACCCUACAGACACUCAAGACGGCAGCCGAACCCGCACUCAAGCUCCUUCGGGGCCGUAUUGCCAACUACAACACCGCCAUCGCCAUAGCGGAUCAUAGUGUGCUCAAGAUCGGCACAACAACGGGGAGCAGUGGCACAGUCAACGGCGCACCCUGCGAAGCAGCAACAACACUGCACAAAGCACAAACACAGCUUUGCACAGCACCUGCGGCAAACGAGAUAACAACAGAAGCAGUCAAAGCCGUCCUAAAAAGCUUAAAAGCGGUCAAACUCGUAGCCAGAAUAGAAGUCCACGAACUGCUUGACGGACCAACACUGCACGUCAAGGGUCAAUCAGCUGGCGGUGAAACUUGGACCGCAGGUGUGAGCAGCAAGUGCACAGCAACCAGUGGCGGCUCGCAAGUAGGAAGUUCAGUGACACACCAAGCCCCAGAGCCGGCCAAACUAAAAGGGACAGCUGGAACCAUAACAACGACAAGCGAAACGUCGAAACCUGUUGUCAACGACGGCGACGAUGUUUACACUUCAGGCGUAAAUACACCGGAGAAACUCGCGCAGGCGCUGCUCUCAGUAAAGACUGAGUUGCUGAAACAGACAGUGGACCUGAGCGCGAUAACAUUAGACACACUGGAAACCGACCCAGUAGCCCAAGCACUAGCAAAUAUCUUACUUUUAAGCGAUACCAAGCGACUAACACCAGACCAGCCCAACAGAUCGGAACAAUUGAAAACCCUAAUAAUAAAGGAAUUUGGACCAGAAAACACUGCAUACUCAACGGCAUUCAUCAAUAGCUAUGACACGGCGGCAGUCACACUGCUAGUCGGCGGAAAACCGAAGUCAGAAAAGCUGAACACAAUAACCAAUCCAGAAAAUAUCGCAAAAGCAAUCAGUUAUUUAGCAGCAACAAACCAGAUAAAACAAACAAUAGAGGGAAACAAAGACCAAUGUUCGACUGUGGAAAAAGAGAAAAAGCAAUCACCUUCAAAAGAAGAAUGCAAGGAACACACAGAGCAAGAAGCUUGCCAGAACGCGGGAUGCAAAUUUGAUAAUAGCAAAAAUGAUGGUGAAAAGUGCUUUCCGAACCCUGAAACAAAAGAAGCAGCUCAGAAAGAUGGGAAUGAUAGUAAAAACACAAACACCACCGGCAGCAACUCUUUUGUCAUUAAGAAGGUCCCUCUUUGGCUUGCAGUUUUUAUCCUAGGAUAA